UACAGGGACUUUGAUUUAACUAGAAUAUUAGAUUAACCCAAGUGCCUGGUUUCUUCCCAUGACUUGCUGAUUGAGUAAAAUGCCAUGGUGUCCCUUUGAAGAAUGCCACUUCCUAAUUUUACGGAUGUAGAAACUGAAACCUGGGAGUUCUAGUAAUUAAAAGGGAAGAAAGCCUCAAUUAGAAGUCUAUCAUUUCAUUAACAGCCCCAGAAUCAGAGAAUGUUGGAUCCAGAAGCAUCUUAGAGACCAUCAAAUCCAACCCCUUGGUUCAUCAAAUGUGCGCGUUUAAAUCACUGUGUUCCUAAUAGUUGUGUGUUGAUUGUGUUUGUUUAAGUUUAAGUUGAUUGUGUUUGAAGUUCCCCAGAGGGGGCUGUUCCCUGAGUUUCAACCUGAGGUGUGGCAUGCUAAGCGGUCAAGAGAGUAAGUGGCGGGUGAAGUCCCAGGAGGAAAGGCCAGUGGGGUCAGAGCUUUACAGAAAGGGUGAGGUGGGCAGGGCAGGUGCUAUCAGUUGGACGAACAGCCUGUGCAAAGAUGUGGGGGCAAUAAACAGGGCUUUGCUCGGGGGUCAGCAAGCAGCUGAGAGCAGGUUGAAAAAGGUAUAGACGAGAGAGCCUUGAAGAGUAUUGCCCUAAUUUUUACUUAAUUGGGAGCCUCUAACGAACUUGAAGAGGUUCCAGGCCCUUUUCUCCAUUGCUCUUGCUGCUGCCCAGACCCACGCCCUUCUAAUUUGUUGAUACUCUCCUAGCUGGUCUCUCUGCCUCUAUUCUUGUCCCUUUACAGCUAUAGUCCACACAGGCCCACCCCCAGGGGCCUUCUAAAAUGCAAAUCUGUGUCCAUCCCUUCCACUUUAAGGCCCUUGCAUGGCUCCCUGUUGGCCAUGGAACAAGAUCCUGGCUUUCAGAGAGAGCUCUGUGUGGCCUGGCUCCACGUCCUUGUGCAGCCUCACCCCCACUGUGCGCCUGCCUCCACCGGGCCUCCUAGUUUCCUAAGCAGCCCUGCUAUUGAAUCACUCACUGCCUUUGCCCAGGCUUUCCCAUCCCUCCCACUUGCUUUCUCUGCCUGGUAAACUCCUAUUCAUCCCUUAAGACCCUGUGUAAAUUUCCUUUUGGAGAAACUUUCCCUGACUCUCCUGAGGCCACCAUUAUAUCUUGAAUGUUUGUUUCAAAGCUCCCAUUACAUUGCAAUUAUCAACCUCCAAAAUUCUGGCAGGUCCCAUUUUUAAGUGUUUAUUGUGUGGUGGGCACUGGGCUAAGCCCUCUAUGCAUAGUUAUCCCGUGUUAUUCUCACAGUUACUAUAUGAAUUUCAUUCCAUUAUAGCCCCACUUACGCAUGAGAAGUGGCGUGGCUUGCCCAGGGCAGGCAGCUGGAGGGUGACAGAGCUGGGAUUUGAGCCAGACCUUUUUGAUUGUUUCUGCCUCCUUCCAUCUCCUGUUCCUUGGAUCCUGUUCUAUGCCCUGCACCCCUCGUGCUGGGCACGUGAGGGUCUGAUCAAAGGGGUGGAGGCAGCAGGGUGGCCCAUGGUAUGGCCAGGAUGGGGGAACCAGAGGCUGGGGUGAGAGGGCCUGGGCUUACCUGGGGUGGAGGUGAUGGGCGGCUAUCAGUCUAGCUCCCCAUGGCCAAGAGUUUCCUUUCCACUUUCCAGUCUAAGUUGCAGGCUCUAGCCACCUGGGGACAGGCCUACAGGACUCCGGGCCAGGCAUGCGGCAUGGUGACAAACGCCAUGGCAACCUGCCUCCUCUCUGGGGCCCAGAGGGGAGGGUGUGGCCCUGAGAAAGCACAGGGUUUGCAACACCACUUCUGGGUUAGAUCCUAGAGAGGCUGCUCCCCUUGGGCCUGGGUGUCUUCUGCCCUCCCAGAGGGACCCCUGCCUGCAAAGGUCCUGUCCCAGCAGGGGAAAUGCCACUUCCACCUCCCUCCCAGAUGAAUGGCUGGCUUUGGCCUCCCAGGAGUCUGUCAGCUCCAUCCAGGUACAAAUGUCAUCCCCUUCCCACCCCCAGCCAGAGGGGAAGGAAGAGGGAGCCGUAGAGAAGGGAGGUGAGGGGUUGCCGGGCGAGGUAGGAGCAGGGACAAUUGGGACAAAGCCCGCAUUGUACCAAGGCCACAGGCAGCUCCAGGGCCAAGCAGGCAUCGUGUUUGCCUCCCAGGACCUGGGCCUGGAACUCCACCAGGAUUUUCCUAGCUCCUUGGCAACACUCGCCAGAGCUGGCUUGGAAGAGCAAGGCUCGGCCUCAGCUCUGAGUCCUGCCUCUGCUGAGAAGCCCUCCUGAAAGCACAGCAUCCUCCUAAAGGCCAGAAAGGGGGGAGUAAGGUUGGGAGGAUGGCUGGUGAAGCCAGGCUGACUGGGGCUGGAAGCCAGGGUCUGUCAGAUGUGCAGCUGUGUGACUUUGGACCCAAACGUGAUAACAAAUCCAUCCUUGAAGGAUUGUUAUUUGAAGUAAAGCGCCAAGGCACGUAAAAGCACUCAGCCCGGUCACCUGCCCAGAGAAGGGUCCCAUCAAUGACAGGUGAUCCCUGAGGCCCUUGCCCACCCAUGAUUGAGGACUCUCAGCCCUGUCCCCACCACUCCUAGUUUUGCCCUCUGUGCCCAAGAGGCAGUGGUGGCCUUCCUGGAAAUACGGAGGGGCACUAUUGUGCCCCCGGUCCCCGUUCCACAGCUCCUCCUUUGGGGACCAGCCCUGCGGCUCCAGGAGGCCCUGUCUGGGCGGUUGGGGCAUGGUGGGCGGGAUGCGUCGCCAAGCUGGGGUGAGCAGCUCAGGUGACAGGCGGGGUGUCGGCGGCUCCUAUGCUCAGCACCCGACACCUCUGGGCAGACAAUGCUGGCUGUGUCCGGGCCUUCCAGGGAACAGGCCACGUCUGUGUCAUAGCCAGGAAACAGGCCACCUGAGCAGCGCCUUUGUCUGCUCAGGAGGUAGCCGCUGCUAGAGGGAUGACCGGGCUCCCCAGAGGCCCUGACACGGGAAGGGGUGGUGCCCUGGGUGGGAGCUCCAGGGCUUGAGACCCAUCUGGUGUUGGCCUGGUUCAGGUGUUGGCCCUGCCAGGCUGGGCUGUGUCUUGGGCAGCCCCUUCGCUCUUGGGUUCCUCAUCCGUAAAGGGACUAAUCGCAGCACUUCCUCAUAGGGUUGUUGGGAGAGUCGAUGGCGUGAUGUACGUAAUGUGGUUGGCACGGGGUCCAGUGUGGGCAGGGCUUGGUCACCGCUUCUCUCCCAGCAUGGGGGAAGGCCUGGCGCACGGUAUCCUCUGCCGAGUCUCCCAUAAGCCAGGCCAUUGUCCUCAGUCCCUGCUCUGAGCAUGGAAGGAGGGGACUGGGUCUCUGGAGAUGGCACAGAACUAGCGUGUUGGCUGCAAAGAGCCCAGGCCCCUCCACCUUAGAUGCCAGGAACUCUGGGCUAAUGCCCAGCACAGGCUUCCUCCCACCCCAGACAGUGUCCCUCCCAGCACGGAGCCUUUCCCCCUCCUUCAGCCCCUGCAGGGCUGCCUUGGGAACCCAAGCCCCGACUGGGAAAGGAGCCUCAGGAUUCACAGGCAGGAAUCUCCUUAUCUGAGUCUCCCUCCCACCUGUCAAGAGGGGCAAGGAUGGACCUCUGUGGGCAUGGUCACUUCCUACUGGGUCCAGCCCUGGUGGGGGCUUCUGCUGCCAUCCAUCCCCCUCCUCAUUUGCUUUGAGCCUGCACCCUGAGUUUCUGCUGCAUCCCCAAAUGUGCAUGUGCAUUUGCAUGGAUGGGUGCAGGCUUGCCUGUGUGCUGCAUGUGGGUGGUAGGGGGGCGGGGCAAGCAAAGGCUGCAAGUCCUACAUCAGGGGCCAGCCCCCUGAGCAUGUACCCUGAGCCUCAUGUGGCACGCCUUGGAAUGGCAGGGAUGUGGUACCUUUUCAUGUUCAUGUGUAUCCAUAUGUCUUUCUACACGUGUGCUGGUGUGUCGGUCUGUCUUGUCUCCCUUGUAGACGGGAAGCCCCGAGCCACGUACCAACAGGCCCUCUGGGAAGGUGACGUCGAGACUAGCCCAGCCUAACUGGGGGGUGCUGGUCCUGCUCCAGGAGUCCUCCAGUCCUCCGUCCCCGCCAAGGAGGGAGGAUUGACCAGCGUGGGGGUGGGGUCUGAGAAUCAGGGAGAGGGGCCUGGCUCAUAGCACAGAGGACUUGGUGCUGGGCCUGCCCCGGGGCCCACGUGACCUUGGGCGAGGCCUUCGCUCUCUCUCUCUCGGGGGCACAUCCACUCAUCUGGAGAACACGGGGUUGGACCGAUGAGUUCUGGCCGUCCUGAGGCCCUGGCACAAUCGUGAUUUUAAGUCGGGUGGUGGGAGCCUGCUAACAUCGUUGGUGGAGGCAGCUGUGGCCAGAGCCUGGCCUGCCAGCCCCUCGCUCGGUCCCGGGUGUCCUGCUGAAGGGCGAGAGGAGAAGCCAUGCCGGGCAGCGGCCCCAGCGAGAGGAUGACGUGGCCAGGCCCGGCCCUCCCCACGGCCCCCCCAACCCGCCCUCUCUCCUCAGCCCCGGGGACACCGCCCAUCCCACCCCUCACCCGGACCCGCAGCCUCAUGGCCAUGUCCCUGCCAGGCAGUAGACGGGCCUCUGCCGGAUCCCGCAGGCGCACCUCUCCACCCGUGAGCAUGCGGGACGCCUACGGCACCUCUUCUCUCAGCAGCAGCAGCAACUCGGGCUCCUGCAAGGGCAGUGACAGCAGCCCCACGCCCAGGCGCUCCAUGAAGUACACGCUGUGCAGCGACAACCAUGGCAUCAAGCCCCCCACCCCGGAGCAGUACCUGACCCCCCUGCAGCAGAAGGAGGUGUGCAUCCGGCACCUGAAGGCCCGGCUGAAGGACACACAGGACCGGCUCCAGGACCGGGACACCGAGAUCGACGACCUGAAGACACAGCUGUCACGCAUGCAGGAGGACUGGAUCGAGGAGGAGUGCCACCGCGUGGAGGCCCAGCUGGCCCUGAAGGAGGCCCGCAAGGAGAUCAAGCAGCUCAAGCAGGUCAUCGACACCGUCAAGAACAACCUGAUCGACAAGGACAAGGGGCUGCAGAAGUACUUCGUGGACAUCAACAUCCAGAACAAGAAGCUGGAGACGCUGCUGCACAGCAUGGAGGUGGCCCAGAAUGGCCUAGCCAAGGAGGACGGCGCCGCCGAGUCGGCCGGCGGCUCCCCCGCCCGCUCCCUCACCCGCAGCUCCACCUACACCAAGCUGAGCGACCCCGCCGUCUGCGGGGACCGCCCGCCCGGCGCCUCGGCGGAGGACGGGGUUGACAGCGGCUUCGCAGCGACCGAUGACACUCUGAGCCGGACGGAUGCGCUGGAGGCCAGCAGCCUGCUGUCAUCGGGAGUGGACUGCGGCCCCGAGGAGCCCUCCUCGCUGCACAGCUCCUUCAGCCUGGGCCCCCGCUUCCCCGCCAGCAACACCUACGAGAAGCUGCUGUGCGGCACGGAGGCCGGCGUGCAGGCCAGCUGUGUGCAGGAGCGCGCCAUCCAGACGGACUUCGUGCAGUACCAGCCCGACCUGGACACCAUCCUGGAGAAAGUGACCCAGGCCCAGGUCUGCGGGAUGGCCCCUGAGUCAGGGGACUGGCACCUGGAGCCAGACCCCCAGCCCCCGGGGCCCAGAGACCCCAACUCUGCCGUGGUGCUGACAAUGGGUGAUGAGCUCGAGGCCCCAGAGCCUAUCACCCAAGGGCCCACCCUGCACCGCCCUGGCUCCAGUCCCAACCCCGGGCCGUCGGUGAGCGUGGUGUGCCCCGUGGAAGAGGAGGAGGAGGCGGCCGCAGCCGAGAAGGAGCCCAAGAGCUACUGGAGCCGCCACUACAUCGUGGAUCUGCUGGCGGUGGUGGUGCCGGCUGUGCCCACGGUGGCCUGGCUCUGCCGCUCGCAGCGGCGCCAGGGCCAGCCCAUCUACAACAUCAGCUCCCUGCUGCGGGGCUGCUGCACCGUGGCCUUGCACUCCAUCCGCAGGAUCAGCUGCCGCUCGCUGAGCCAGCAGGGCCCGAGCACCAGCGCGGCAGGCGGCAGCUCCCAGCUCUGAGCGGGCCCCACCGGGGCUCCGGAGAUCUGACUGCCGAUUGUAGGGCUGCCGUCCUCCUUCUCGCACAUUCCCUGGGACAUCAUCUUAUCUGUUUAGUUUUGGGGUUCAGAAGUGGUUUUUUCAGGAUGAUAAUAGUGUCAGGAGCUGGGUGCGGGGCUUGGGGGAAGGCGCCCCAAAACUUCAGCAGGAGAGAAGGGAAGAGAGACCAAGGGCAGGGAGGCACGUGAUUGGACCCAUUGCAAGGAGGGGGGGUGGGGUCCCCAGCACGGCCCCCCCUGCCACCCCCAGGCCCUCACACAGGGCAGCCCCUGCUCAGGAAGUCUCUGGUGUGUUGAUCUGGGGAGGCAGGCCUCGUCCGCUGAGCCUCCCAUCCCUCACCCCCAUGUCUGUCCAGUUCCCAGUUCACCCUAAGCCUUUGCUCCCAGCCACCCUUUACCCUCAGCCCAGGCUUCUGGGCCAGUGUUAUCUGCUCAGAUGCAGGCAGCUGCGACCCAAAGUACAGGCAACUGACCAGGACUCCGAGCAGGGUCAGGAACCACUUGGCUCCCACCUGAGCUCCAGCCUCUCCAAGCUGCUCCCCACUUUGGGAUUCAGGAGCACAGUCAAGGCCAUGGGCUGGAGGAGAGAUGGUGAUGGGCAGCAGGAGGCAGAAGGCCGUGUGGUUCCGUGUCGGUCUGUUCAGCCCAGACCUUCCCCCACAUCUGUUUUCCUCUUGGCGCUUCUGGAUGUGUCAGAUACUUCUUCUGGGAGAGCCAGACAGGCGAGUGCCGGGGUGUGAAUGCUGGCCUGAGCCCCAGCUCCUGUCUGGAGACUGCCAGCAUGGAAGGAGAGGCGGGGGCUGGCAGCUCCAGGGGGCUCCUCCAGCCUUCUGAGCAGAGGCCCUGCAGCCUGGGAGGCAGGGCUGGACUCGGCAAGGCCCGGCUGGUUUCCCUGCCCCUGGAGCUUGCCCGAGUCUCUCUGGGGACCUUAGGAUCAGCUUCUGCUUUGCACUACGUUCACUUUGAGGCUUGGUUCUCACGCAUCCCAGGAUCUCCAGGGAGGUGGCUGCUUGCUUUCUAGAAUGAGGGUUCCUAAAUCUUACACCUGUCUGCCUCUGCGGGGGCAGUUCCAGCAGGAUGAAUGGCAAGAUGAGGUACUGAAGCCAUGAUGUCCAUCCAGGCCAAAGCAGGGGGCCCUGGGAUGCUUCUUAAGCAGGUGUAGAAUGGGGCUCCCACCCAAGCCCAGUCAGCCUGGGAGGGUUCACUGGCCCCCCUCCUUCCCUGGGACCACAUCGGGGACCCCAGCAAAGCUGCUGACAUUUUAUUAGCAUUAUUAUUUGACAGAGUAAACUUCUUCCUCUUCCCCUGAAGGACUGUACUAUCUGGUCAUCCCACCCUCUUCAGAGUCAACUACACAUUUGGGGGCAGUGGGGGGGACAUUGGCAGGACCCUGUGUCUUACCCCUCCCUCUGGCCUGGGGGCCACUCUGGUUCUGCCAAGGUUGCUCGCCCACCCCCGCUGCUCUGACAGCUGCUGCCUGACUUGGGGUCUCCGCCCUUCCUCUCUGUGCCCUCUGCAGGCACCUGCAUGUACUGGGGGUGGGCAGCCGGGGGACACCUGCAUGUACUGGGGGUGGGCAGCCGGGCCAGCCAUAGAGGGAGGAGCCCCUCUGCCACCUGCUUUGUGCCUCUGAAGCUCCCCCUCCUUGCUCAAGGCCUCAGACCAGCCAUCCUCUGUGGAGCACCCCCAUCCCAGCUGAACCAAACCCAAACUCGGGGGGCCAGGCCAGACUGCCCCACAGGACCCUAGGGUUGUGACACGGAGGGGCAGUGGACAAAUCUAAUCCAAAGGUGAGUCAGGACUGGUCACGGACCCCGCCUCCUGUGCCGUGUACUCCCGGAGCCACGUUAGACAUAGUUCAAGCUUUGCCGAGAAAAUAAAUGUAUUACUAUAUUUGACGACAUAAAAUCUAUAUAUUUUUCACCAUUGGAAUCUAGUCAAGCUGCGUAGCUCCUCUGCUCCUGUCUGCGUCUUCUGUCUGUGGCCUUCCUACUGUGUCUUAUGUUUUGGUGGACGUGAUCAGCCUGGGGCCGUGUGCUCUGCUCUGUCCCUGUGGCCAGAGGAGCCACGCGUGAAGAGCGUGGACCCAGCGCUGUGGACGCGGUGAGCAGGGCCAGCGUUCUGCUCCCGCUCUGGCCCGAGGCCUUCCCAUCUGGUCACAGGGGCCCUGGCCCACAGCGUGGAGGGUCCUCUCUUUGGAGGGGUCUGGCAGGGCCUUCAAUGGCUUUGUCUCUUCUUGUCAGUGGAGGAGGUGGCUCGCUGCUCUCGGCCUGGGACAGACGCUGGGACCACGUUGGCCAGGGCCCUGGCUCGCGCAUGUGUGGUGUGUGUGUGCUCAGUAUCCGGCAUCUAUGCAAAAGCGGUGGCGCUGCCUGGGCAGCUCUGCGCGGUGGAGGCACAGCGGCCUGCUGGCUCGGGCUCCAGGCCCUGACUGCAGGGCAUAGACAGUGGGGCUGACGGGCAAGGCCAGGGGCCGGGGGCCUCCCGCUGAGUGCUCAUCCUCCCAGGCUCCCCUCUUCCUUCCUGCUUAAUACCUCCUCCUGUCUGGCUGUGACCGUCCCCUGGGCCUCCGCUUCCGGAGCAGAAAUCUUUGGGGUCUCCCCUCCCCCCAGCCUGGAGCUGAUUAGACCCUAAGGAGACAAUGUUCCCAGGAACCACCUUCCAGAACUGCUGGUCCCUCGGAAUCUAGCUGCCAGAAGCAGCUCCUUCUAAGUUGCGGGCCCAGGCCGGAGCCCCCGCGCUGUUCCUGUGGUCCAGGCUCAAGCAGGAAUCGGAGUCAGAGGCCAGGACUCUGCUCAGCGAGCUGGCCUCAAGUGGAGUUGAUUCCAAAUAUCUCCCAAGGGGAUUAAUUUAGCUCUCACCGAACACCCUUCCCAGUUGCCACUAGCACAGGGGUACCUGACAGCACCUUGGGGAGGGGGGUGCAAAUGGGGAGGCCUACAGAGGGGCCUCAGCUCUGUGAACUCAUGACCCCUCUCUGACUGGUGGGGGGGUCCAUGCAAACAAGUCACAGUGCACCCCUAUAUCCAGCCAUGCCCUUGACAGAGAAUUCAGGGGAUACAGGAAAGGGGGGGAGGGAGGAGGGGUCUUCACUUUUGUCUCCUUUGUCCUUUUGUUCUGCAGAGUUGUACCUGCAGCAGACAGCUCUGAAUUAAAGCAUGA